AAACACAUGUCGGUGCACGCGAAGGAAGGCCGAUUGACCAUCCCGCUCGACUGGAUUGCUGUUUUCAAGUUCGCCACAACACAUUGGGCCUUGUCUUUGGGGGGGUAGUAGUGAUGAUGGGGGCAGGGGGCAAGGAUCUCGAAGGGUACUCGACUCGAAAAAUAACAACUUCCUGCGAGCGAAGGUGGAUUUCCCAGACCACAUGAAUGUGCCGUAUCGCUUCUAAUACUCUGUUUCGUGGCCAUGAGGGGACGACUGAGCUUCUCCAAAUUCAUGGCUGUGCUAUGCUUUCACGGGUUAUUGACCCUGUAGAAGCUGCCCCGAUAUAGAAAACACCCCAUUUGCUGGGAGGCACGUAUUUUCAAGUGGCAGAUACGCGGUGAAGCAAAAUUCGCGGGGCUGCAGGAAUAUGUGUUUGUUUAUUUAUAUGCGAAACUAGGUGCCGUGUUACUAGUCAGAAAAACUAACAAUUAGACAAUGGCUGCUGCUACUACCAAGAAGACCGCUAGAAAGAAGAAGGACCCAAAUGCCCCAAAGAGAUCUCUUUCGGCUUACAUGUUCUUUGCCAACGAGCAGAGAGAUAUUGUGAGGGCAGAGAAUCCAGGUAUCGCAUUCGGACAAAUUGGAAAGCUGCUUGGCGAGAAGUGGAAGGCCUUGGACGAAGCCGGAAAGGCUCCAUACGAGGCUAAGGCAGAAGCAGACAAGAAGAGAUACGAGCUCGAGAAGAGCGAGUACACUAAGUCCCAGGCUUAGAAAAAACUGUGUCGUUGUUGUAUGCUAUUGAAUCAGCGUGUCUGGUUCUCAGCUGUAUAUUAGUUCCGUUGUUGUGAUAGCUUUGGGAGUUUAUCGGAUGAGUAUCUACACUGUUCUCAAUCUACUUUUCAAAUUUUA